UCACUGGUGGAUGUCCAGAUGGCUCAGAUGGAUUACAUUGUUAAUAAUCUAAAGAAUUUCAGCUCAAGUGUUGAAAAAUAUGUGCAUCUGAUGAACAUUUAUCAACAAAAUGAAAAACUGUUCUAUUAUUUAAUCAUAAACAAAGUUGAACUUGUUAUGCCCAUUAUAUAUACUCCCACAAUUGGUCAGAUAUGUCAGCAGUUUGGAAGCCUGUUUGAUAAUCCUCAUGGGUUGUAUGUAAGGUACACUGAUAUUGGGCAGAUAAAAAGUAAAUUGCAGCAAUGGCCAGAAAAAAAAAUCAAAGCAAUAUGUUUGACGGAUGGUGAAAGGAUCCUUGGUCUGGGAGACUUGGGAGCCAAUGGAUUAGGUAUCUGCAUCGGUAAGAUGAUGUUGUACACUGCCUGUGCCAAGAUAUCUCCACACAUUUGCCUUCCCCUCUGUAUUGACAUUGGAACUAACAAUGCAAGUUUGCUGAAGAGCGAGCAUUACAAGGGCUACAAGAAGAAGCGUCUGGAAGGGAAGAGGUACUUGGAGUUUAUGGACGAGUUUAUGGAGGCUGCUACCAGUCUCUAUGGAAAGGAUGUGAUAUUUCAUUUUGAAGACUUUGGUAACCACAACGCUUUCGAACUCUUGGAAAGAUACAAAAACAAGUAUUGCUCUUUCAAUGAUGACAUUCAAGGCACAGCUGCUGUAACAUUGGCAGGUUUGUUGGUCUGCUCCCAAAUUGUUGACAAAAGAUUGUUUGAACAGAAGUUUCUCUUUCUUGGAGCCGGCGAAGCUGCCAUAGGAAUUGCCACAUUGCUGGUAGCUGCCAUGAAAAGUGAUGGCAUCUCAGAAAAAGAGGCUCUCAAAUGCAUCUGGAUGUUUGAUUCCAAGGGACUUAUAGUUACUUCUAGAGCCCCCGAAACGCUGACAGCAAACAAGCAGAGAUUUGCAAAGAACUUUCAAGCUGUGGAUGACUUUGAAGAAGCUGUCAAUCUCAUCAAACCUGACGCUAUCAUUGGUGUGGCAGCCAUUGCAGGCGCUUUCACUCAAGGCGUUUUGGAGAAGAUGGCCUCCAACCACAAACAUCCCAUCAUAUUCGCACUGAGCAAUCCUACGUGCAAGUCGGAAUGCACCGCUGCCCAGGCCUACAAGACCACUAAAGGUAAGUGCUUGUUUGCAAGUGGCAGUCCAUUUGAACCAAUCACGAUAAAGAAGAAAGUGUUCAAGCCCUCGCAAUGCAAUAACGCCUAUAUCUUUCCAUCUCUGGUGUUGGGUGUCAUGUCGGCCAAGGUAUCCAUCAUUACUGACGAGUUGUUCCUCUGUGCUGCCAAGUUGCUGUCGAAACAAGUAACUGCAGACGAGAUGAAGGAGGGAAUACUCUUCCCGCCAUUGUCACGCAUGCAAGAAAUUUCGAUGACGACCGCCUUGUCAAUGAUCGAUUACGUUAUAAAGAACAAACUGACCACUUCAGUUGAUGCCAAUUCCAGGAGAGAUGCUUUGGUUAGUGCACAUUUGUAUAAUGCAGACUACCAUUGCCCUACUGACAAUAAGCUGGCAGAAGCCUUUUAAUUGAUUUUUAAUUGUCAACAAAUUUGCGCUAAAUUUUUUUCUCAGUUGAAUUUGUUUUUGUAACAAGUUUGUUGGUUCGUUGGCUAGAUUGGCU